AUGGAUCCUUACAAGCACCGCCCUUCAAGUGCUUUUGAUUCCCCAUACUGGACCACAAACGCCGGUGCUCCAGUUUGGAACAACGACUCUUCUUUGACUGUUGGACCUAGAGGUCCAGUUCUCCUUGAGGACUAUCAUCUGGUGGAGAAACUUGCCACCUUUGAUAGAGAACGAAUCCCAGAGCGUGUUGUCCAUGCUAGGGGAGCCAGUGCAAAGGGAUUCUUUGAGGUCACUCAUGAUAUUUCUCAGCUUACUUGUGCUGACUUCCUUCGAGCCCCUGGUGUUCAGACACCUGUCAUUGUGCGUUUCUCCACUGUUAUCCAUGAGCGUGGCAGCCCUGAAACCCUGAGGGAUCCUCGUGGUUUUGCAGUGAAGUUUUACACCAGAGAGGGUAAUUUUGACCUGGUUGGAAACAAUUUCCCCGUCUUUUUUGUCCGUGAUGCAAUGAAAUUCCCGGACGCGAUCCGUGCUUUCAAACCGAACCCCAAGUCGCACAUCCAAGAGACUUGGAGGAUCCUUGACUUCUUCUCCCACCUUCCAGAAAGCCUGCACACGUUCGCCUUCUUUUAUGAUGAUCUGGGAAUUCCACAAGAUUACAGGCACAUGGAAGGCUCUAGUGUUCACGCCUAUACCCUCGUCAGUAAGGCAGGGAAAGUACACUAUGUGAAAUUUCAUUGGAAACCUACUUGUGGAGUCAAGUGUUUGUUGGAGGAUGAAGCUAUUAAGGUUGGAGGAGCUAAUCACAGCCAUGCUACCAAGGACCUCUAUGAUUCCAUUGCAGCUGGCAACUACCCUGAGUGGAAACUUUAUAUUCAGACAAUGGAUCCUGAUCACGAGGACAGAUUUGACUUUGACCCUCUUGACUUAACUAAGACGUGGCCUGAAGAUAUUCUUCCCCUGCAGCCAGUUGGCCGUUUGGUUCUGAAUAAAAACAUCGAUAACUUCUUUGCAGAGAAUGAACAACUUGCGUUUAACCCUGCCCAUGUUGUCCCUGGUGUCUACUAUUCAGAUGAUAAGAUGCUCCAAACUCGAAUCUUCGCAUAUUCUGAUACUCAGAGGCACCGUCUUGGCCCGAACUAUCUGCAGCUCCCAGUGAAUGCUCCCAAGUGUCCUCAUCAUAACAAUCAUCAUGAGGGAUUCAUGAAUUUCAUGCACAGGGAUGAGGAGGUUAAUUACUUCCCUUCAAGGCAUGAUCCUGUUCGUCAUGCUGAGCGCUUCCCCAUUCCUUCUAAUAUCCUUUCUGGAAAGCGUGAGAAGUGUGUCAUUGAGAAGGAGAACAACUUUAAGCAACCUGGAGAGAGAUACAGAUCUUGGGCGCCAGACAGGCAAGAGCGAUUCAUCCACCGAUGGGUGGAUGCCCUAUCAGACCCACGUGUCACCCAUGAGAUUCGCAGCAUUUGGAUCUCAUACUGGUCUCAGGCAGAUAAAUCUCUGGGUCAAAAGCUCGCAUCCCGUCUCAAUGUGAGGCCAAGCAUUUGA